UCGCGGAGCAGAGCGAUUUUUUUUGUCAGAUUCGUUUCGUGUAAAAACGCGUCGAAUGAGCCUAAUUUCAUCAAAAUCGAUGACAAUGAGAUCUGAUCACGAUAUGGAAACUGAUAAUAUAAAUCCAUCUGUCGAGAUACAAAUUCAGAAGAUAUUAAUUUCCAUCCAUGGCGUUAGUCUGAAAAUAAAGAAAGAGCUGGAGAUGAUUAAGGAACUUACGAAGGAAAAUGGACAUCUAGGUACAGUAAUCAAUACUGCGAAUCAAACAUUGUCCAAGAAAGUUAAAAAAAUGGGAAUGAAUGUGACAGAAAUUAUCCAUGAGAGCGAGCGUAAUAACAGGAUACAAAGGAAAUCUGUUCUGAUCCAAUGGGACAAUAUCAUAUGUAAAAAUAAAUUUUUUUUUCUAUGACUUUUUUAAUGAAUCGUCCUUAUAACUCGUCAACAAUAAGAGACCAAUAAAAUAACUAAACACAGAAUAAAUUUAUUCUUAAUGUCAAACUUUAUAUUUUUACCUAGAAAAAAACUUUUUCAUCUAAAUUGGAUCCUUCUUCAAAAAACAUUGAUUUAAUGUGAUGUUCUGACUAUCUAAUAAUGAAUUUGUUAUUACCAGUUUUACAAUUUCACAUUUUACUGCUCACUUUUAUUGCUCACUGUUGAAUAUACAGAAUUACAUUUUCACAAAUCAUUUCAUGAUUGAAUAUGGGUGUAUCAUGGAAUUUUUUUUGGGAAGGUUUUCAAUGAACUCAGAAAUAUAUGUAUC